AUGGCGACCACCAAUGGCACCACCGGCCGCGGCAUCCGCAUUGCCAUCGAUCGAGGCGGGACUUUCACAGACUGUGUUGGCAACCCGGGCACAGGCAAGAUGGAGGACGACGUCUUGAUAAAGCUCCUCUCAGUCGAUCCACAGAACUACGAAGACGCCCCUCUCGAAGGUAUCCGACGAUUACUCUCGAAAUUCGAAGGCAAAGAGAUACCUCGUGGUGAGCCCUUGGACACCAGCAAGAUUGAGAGCAUACGAAUGGGUACAACAGUGGCCACAAAUGCCCUGUUAGAAAGAAAAGGAGAGGAUAUCGCUAUGGUUGUCACAAAGGGGUUCAAGGACUGUUUGGAGAUUGGCAACCAGAGUCGGCCGAACAUCUUCGAUCUGGCCAUACGGAAACCGGAGGUGCUUUACAAGAAAGUUGUUGAGAUCGACGAAAGAGUGACACUGGAGGAUUAUGCUGAAGAUCCAGAGCGACAUGCAACUGAGGCUAAAUCUAUCGAAGAGGCAGGCGAGGAGGCAGAACUUGUCAAGGGUCUGAGCGGAGAGGCAGUGAGGAUAUUGCAAAGGCCACAAGAAGAACAAAUACAGAAGCAGCUCCAAGAGGUCUACGAUUCUGGACUGCGGAGUGUUGCAGUCUGUCUGAUGCACGGAUAUACAUACCCCAGACACGAGGCGUUGGUGGGGAAGAUUGCACGAGAGAUCGGCUUCGAGCACGUCUCGCUAUCACACGAGCUCAUGCCCAUGAUCAAACUAGUGCCACGAGCAACAUCCGCAUGCGCAGAUGCGUAUCUGACACCUGCAAUCCGCAAGUACAUCGAUGGCUUCCAAAAGGGCUUCGAAGGCGGGCUUGGUACUGAGAGUGUGAAAAAGGAGCAGGGUGCCAAGGGUGCAAGAUGCGAGUUCAUGCAAUCUGACGGAGGUCUGGUGGACGUCGACAUUUUCUCUGGGCUGAGAGCAAUCUUGUCCGGCCCGGCUGGAGGUGUAGUGGGAUAUGCCUUGACCUCAUACGAUCCAGCGACCAAAAUACCAGUCAUCGGCUUCGAUAUGGGAGGUACCAGCACCGACGUAUCAAGAUACGGCAGUGGUCGUUACGACCAUGUCUUUGAGACGACGACGGCUGGAGUCACGAUCCAAAGUCCACAACUAGACAUCAACACAGUUGCAGCUGGAGGUGGCUCGCGACUUUUCUUCCGAAACGGCCUUUUCGUGGUGGGUCCAGAGAGCGCAGGCGCCCAUCCAGGCCCAGCAUGCUACCGUAAAGGAGGACCAUUAACGAUCACGGAUGCUAAUCUCUUCCUUGGACGACUUCUACCGAAUUUCUUCCCCAAAAUCUUCGGCAAGAAUGAAGACGAGGGCCUUGACGAGAGUGCGAGCGAGAAGCUCUUCAAGGAGCUCACAGACCAGAUCAACAAGGAGCAAGGCAAAGACAUGAGCAUUGACGAGGUUGCAAAUGGUUUUAUCAAGAUCGCAAAUGAGACCAUGACGAGACCUAUUCGAUCACUGACUGAGGCAAGGGGCCACGAUACGAGCAAGCAUCGACUCGCCACAUUUGGCGGCGCGGGUGGUCAACAUGCUGUUGCUAUUGCGGAAGCGCUUGGUAUCAGCCAGAUCCUCAUCCACCGCUACUCUUCCGUUCUCUCAGCAUACGGUAUGGCAUUAGCAGAUGUCGUGGAUGAAAGACAGGAACCUGAAUCUAAAGUGUGGUCUGGCAAGGAUCCUGAAGUUAAGAAGUACUUGCAGAACAAAAUGGAGGAACUGAAAAAGAAAUCGACAACCACAUUGAAGGAUCAAGGAUUCGAAGAGGACCAGAUUCAUUUCGAGGAAUACUUGAACAUGCGGUAUCGAGGCACAGAAUCAGCACUCAUGAUAGUGAAGCCAACGCGAGAGGAAGCCAAGACUGAAUUCGACGGCGACGAUUGGGCUUUUGGCAAGGCGUUCGUCAAACAGCACGAGCAAGAGUUUGGCUUCACGCUCCCCGACCGAGACAUCAUCAUCGACGACGUUCGAGCCCGUGGUAUCGGAAAGACAUUCGAGGGUCUGGAGAAGACCGUCGAUCAGCAACUGAAGGAGAUCAAGCCCAAGGAUCUGAGUAAGGACGACCGUGUGUACGGACGAAAACAGGUCUACUUCGAAGGCGGCCGCUACGAUACUGCCAUCUACAAGCUUGAGGACUUGCACGUUGGCGACCGCAUCAAGGGCCCAGCAAUCAUUGCCGAUGGCACUCAAACGAUCGUGGUCACACCAGAAGCGUCUGCUCUUCUUAUCAACACACAUGUGGUCAUCAACAUUGGCGAGACUGACAACCAAGACAAGAAAGUCACCACCAAAGAAGUUGAUCCAAUCAUGCUCUCCAUCUUCGCCCAUCGAUUCAUGGCCAUCGCCGAGCAAAUGGGUCGUGCCUUGCAAAAGACCAGUGUCAGUACGAACGUCAAGGAACGGCUCGAUUACUCAUGCGCGCUCUUUGAUGCAGAGGGUGGCCUGGUUGCCAAUGCGCCUCACUUGCCUGUCCACUUGGGCAGCAUGUCGACCUGUGUUAAGAAGCAGUCCGAGAUCUGGCGCGGCAAGCUAAAGAAGGGCGAUGUUCUCGUCUCCAACCACCCGAUGUUCGGCGGAACCCAUCUUCCGGAUAUCACAGUCAUCACGCCAGCUUUCAGUGGCGACAAGAUCGUUUUCUACGUUGCUUCCCGAGCACAUCACGCGGAUAUUGGCGGGAUCUUGCCAGGAUCAAUGCCACCACAUUCGAAAGAACUCUACCAAGAAGGAGCCCACAUCAAGACCGAGAAGCUUGUGUCUGAGGGACACUUCAACGAGGAGCGCAUCACAGAGCUGUUGCUUGAUGAACCCGCAAAAUACCCUGGCUGCAGUGGAACACGGUGUCUAGCCGACAAUGUGAACGACCUCAAAGCACAGAUCGCUGCCAACCAGAAAGGUAUCAAUCUGAUCUCAACCUUGAUCGAAGACUACGGCGAGGAAGUUGUGCAAUUCUAUAUGCACAACAUCCAGGACAAUGCUGAGCUAAGCGUCAAGAACCUGCUGAAGGACGUUUCGAAGCGGUUCGAAGGCCAAGAUCUCUCUGCGAUUGACUAUAUGGACGAUGGCAGCCCGAUCCAGCUCAAAAUCACCAUUGAUGCCGAGAAUGGUCAGGCAGUCUUUGACUUCACCGGUACUGGACCUGAAGUCUACGCCAAUACGAACGCUCCUGAAGCUGUCACAUACUCUGCGAUCAUCUACUGCCUGCGAUGCCUUAUUAGCGAAGAUAUCCCUCUCAACCAGGGCUGCCUUAAACCAGUGAAAGUCAUUAUACCGCCAGGAUCGUUCUUGUCUCCUUCGGGAACGGCUGCUGUCGUUGGUGGAAACGUGCUUACCAGCCAGAGGGUCACGGACGUCGUCCUUAAAGCGUUCCAAGCAUGUGCAGCUUCACAAGGUGACACCAACAACUUGACCUUUGGUUUUGGUGGAAAUGUCACUGGCCAGGAGGCGAAGAAGGGGUUCGGCUACUAUGAGACGAUUGCCGGUGGUUCAGGUGCUGGCUCAACAUGGGACGGAACUUCAGGAGUGCACACCCACAUGACCAACACAAGAAUCACAGACUCCGAGGUCUUCGAGCGGAGAUACCCAGUCAUCUUGAGAGAGUUCUCCCUUCGCCCCGACACGCACGGUAAAGGACAGCACAACGGAGGUGACGGUGUCGUUCGAGACAUCGAGUUCCGCAUUCCAGUCCAAGUAUCGAUCCUCAGCGAGCGGAGAGUAUACCACCCCUACGGCAUGGCAGGAGGCGAAGACGCAGCUUGCGGCAAGAACAUCUGGGUCCGCAAAGUGCCCAAGGUGAAGGGCAGCGACGCGGAUGCCAAGACGAAUGGUGUGAACGGCGUCACGAAUGGACACAAAGAGGAAGUUCAAGAGUAUCGAGAGAUCUCGCUCGGUGCGAAGAAUUCCGUCCCCAUGCAGCCUGGUGAGAGGAUCAAGGUGUUGACGCCUGGUGGAGGUGGAUGUGGCCCCGUUGGGAAGAAGAGCGAGGCUCUGAGGAGGCAAGAUCCGAAGCAGAGUUGGAAGGGAGGCUCAGUUGCGAGUAGGCAGGCUGAGGCUGAGGCUAGUGCGUAG